CGCGGAAUAGAAAUUACGCAUAUAAUAUGCGCUCAAACAAUUAGCUUAGAGCAAAGAAUAAAUACGUGACGAACAUCUAGGAAGGAAGUAUUAGUCAACGAGUUUUAAUUAACAGAGUACAAAUGACGAAAACGAAAGGCAAAUAUCAUAAGUUACAUAAGUCGUUGUCAUUACUCUGAUGAUAGUCAUCUACGAGUUAUAACGUAAUCGGUCAAUCUUCGAGGAAUUGUGUUUGGCUGUUGAUAAGAGAAAGCUAUAUAUAAGGUGUCGCGAGCAAGUUGCAUGGCACAUUUGAGACGUCAAUCAUCGGUAAUAUUACCGAUAAUAGAAUAGAAUAGAAUAUUUAUAUCAAGAUGCGCGCCUACGUUUUUCUGCUCGCUUCCCUGUCUCUCAUCUGCUGCGUAUGGGGUAACAAUCUGAUUCUUGGCAGACGUUUGCCCGGCGAGUUAAUCCUCCAGAAUCGAACCAUCAUCAAGCCAUCGAUAACAGGCGUCAGCCACACUGUUACGAUCGGUGCAACCGCGCCAUCCGAUCACGUAAUCUCAUACUUCAGCGUGGUAAGCUUGAAUCCAAAGGUGGUGAAGAUAAUACCUAUUAAAGGUAGCAUUGGCACUUCAUCGAUCGUCGUACUUGGGAUCGGAUUGCCUAGUUGGGGCAUGUUUUUAAAGGUUGUCGUAUUCGCUGUUCCCAAACUUCCCGAACCCACCACACCGAGUACCACAACUGAACAACCACUAACGAGCACCGAACCAGACACGACAACGAGUCCUGAAACAACCAGUACACCGUGGACCACCGAACAAUCAACGAACACCGAACCAGAAACGACAACGAGUCCUGAAACAACCAGUACACCGUGGACCACCGAACAAUCAACGAACACCGAACCAGAGACGACGACUCCUAAAUCAACCAGCACACCGUGGACCACCGAACAAUCAACGAACACCGAACCAGAAACGACAACGAGUCCUGAAACAACCAGUACAGCGUGGACCACCGAACAAUCAACGAACACCGAACCAGAGACGACGACUCCUGCAACCAGCACACCGUGGACCACCGAACAAUCAACGAACACCGAACCAGAGACGACGACUCCUGCAACCAGCACACCGUCGACCACCGAACAAUCAACGAACACCGAACCAGAGACGACGACUCCUGAAACAACCAGCACACCAUGGACCACCGAACAAUCAACGAACACCGAACCAGAGACGACGACUCCUGAAGCAACCAGUACACCAUGGACCACCGAACAAUCAACGAACACCGAAGCAGAGACGACGACUCCUGAAACAACCAGCACACCGUGGACCACCGAACAAUCAACGAACACCGAAGCAGAGACGACGACUCCUGAAACAACCAGCAUACUGUGGACCACCGAACAAUCAACGAACACCGAACCAGAGACGACGACUCCUGAAACAACCAGUACACCGUGGACCACCGAACAAUCAACGAACACCGAACCAGAGACGACGACUCCUGAAACAACCAGUACACCGUGGACCACCGAACAAUCAACGAACACCGAACCAGAGACGACGACUCCUAAAUCAAGCAGCACACCGUGGACCACCGAACAAUCAACGAACACCGAAGCAGAGACGACGACUCCUGAAACAACCAGUACACGGUGGACCACCGAACAAUCAACGAACACCGAACCAGAGACGACGACUUCUAAAUCAACCAGCACACCGUGGACCACCGAACAAUCAACGAACACCGAAGCAGAGACGACGACUCCUGAAACAACCAGUACACCAUGGACCACCGAACAAUCAACGAACACCGAAGCAGAGACGACGACUCCUGAAACAACCAGCAUACUGUGGACCACCGAACAAUCAACGAACACCGAACCAGAGACGACAACGAGUCCUGAAGCAACCAGUACACCGUGGACCGAACAAUCAACAAACACCGAACCAAAGACGACAACCAGCUCUGAAGAGAGCAGCGAAGAAGCAAGUACCGAAUCAGACGAAUCGAUAAACUCUAAUUCAAAUAGCGUGGAAUCACGUGUUCCACGAUACAAGUCCGGCGAAAAGGCUGAAAAUAAUCGAUUGUGGUGGAAAUGGAUCCAAUCUUGAUUCUGAUGAGAUUUUGAUCGAUGAGAGAUAUAAAUUAAUAGAAAAUUAGCUCUGUAUAUUAGCUCGGUAAUAUAUCUCGUCGAUGAUUAAGUACGAAUAGAAUAAGAAAGACGCAACAAUUUGUAACAACCGAAUCGACGUUCUCCUCCAAGCUUUAACGUGAUCUAAUGUAUUACAAAAUUUUGUAAUUAACUUAUCCUUUUUAAUAACCUAGCAUUUUUAAAUAAACUUUUACUCUCUA